CCGAGUGUCGGUUGCUUUAAAAGGGCGACGAUAAGGACGAAAAAGCUUCAGUCUUCGGAGGAUUUUCAUGCAGUGCGGUAGAUCGCGAAGUGAAGUGAAUACGUAUUCUCAGGUUAACCUAGCGCGAGGGUGAAGAAGAGCGGCUGCGGAGUGGAGUGCGGAAGUUGUUCUUUCCUCUUACGGGAAGGGUGUGAGCGAGGCGAACGGAAGCGCUUCAAGUAUCAAUCCUUGGUAGUAUUUAUUUACCUUCAGUUGUUUAGUCGCGUGCUUUAUUUUUCUGGAUCACAUCGGGAGGAAGGAGAGAUUGGAAGUUCGUUCUCGAUUAAGUGAAAGAAGAGAAUCGAAAAGUGUGUAGUGUUAAAACGGUGUUGAGUUCCCGAGCGCGCGGUACUACCACGUGUGGGACUUCGCGCCGCACCUGUGUACCGUUUCACACAGCAUCGAGUGAUCUAUACAAAGUGCGCAAGUGUUUUGCUCGUUAGGAUAACUAUUUCGAAAUUAUCGACCGUGAAGUGAGCCAGCGGAAAAGCUUAUCGGCCCACCCCGCCCCAGCAGCCGGUGGGCCUAUGAGCCUCACCAGCGGGAAGCGGUGAAAAUUGCCGACGCAGCGGACCAAGCAGUAGGAGGACCCGCAGCGACCGUAGGAAAAAGCGCCAAACUGUUGUUCUGCGGUUGUUAUAUUUUCGAACGGGGUGCCAAAGAUAGCAGUACGGAAGGUCUCAGGAGUGCCCUAGCCCGUCUCCGCAGAUCGGGCCCACUCCCUAACCCUUCCAGUCCUGAACAUACUGAAAGUGUCGAACGUGCGUCUUCUUCCCGAUGUUACUACCAGCAGCGAGGAGGAGAUAACUCCAGAUCACCGGCUCCAACACCAGCACCCCCUUCCACACCACGCAAAACCAAAGUGCCACACCACAGUGCAAUGACAGUGUCCAUUACGCAGCCCCAGCAACCGAUGGAUAUCGUGUCGUCGUGCAGCAGCCCGAGCCCCGUCGGCAAGGUUCCUCCGGCACUGUCCACCUCAGCCGCGGCCACGACCAUGGCCACCACCGGCAGUACCUUCACCACCAGUGCGACGGUGCACAACAGCGCCGGAACUUGCCCGUCCAGCCCGUCGGCCAACUCGAGCGGUUCGUCCGAGGCGGACGGGGUCGUCAGUACUCCACCCUCGUCCUCCUCCUCGGCUUCGACGCACACCAAUCCGAGUACGGCCCUGCGAAGGUUCUACUUCCAGAAAGCCCGCAUCAGCAAGUCACCCAAGUCGGCAUCGAUUGCCGGGACAGGACCUCCGGCGGUCACCAUUGGUCAUGUUGGUGCUGUGGCUGCGAUUGCUGGGUCGUCCUCAUCGGCAGCCGUUCCGAAAGUGGUGGUCAUGGGUUCAUCCACGACGUCCGAAGCCACGAUCAACACGUCCACGGAUUCGGCCUCGACGCACGUGACCAACGUUACCACGACGACCGACACCGAGACGAACGAUUCGAUUGAUUUAGGCGAAACAUCGGGCCAAAGCGAGCCUCUGCUCAGCUCGCUUGACGACGAAAGCUCCAGCAUCGUGAUGAACCAGAGCUUCGAAGAUGGGGACGACGAGAAUAUUACCGUAAUUAAUGGACCAGAUACGCCGCUGUUAAUAAGCUAUCAGGAACUGGAGGACCUAUCACCGAAAACCUCUCCAAAGCCCCGCACUGCCCCUGUCGCUUCGACAACCCGAUUCCCGUUCGAUCCACCCAACUCGCCGAAAAGUGUCCGAGUGCCGGGAUCUUCGAAACCUUCCGGCAGCCACGAACCGAUGUUUAACUUUGAUGACUCGCCCAACCCGAUCCGACGACUGCCUCCUAAGAUAUCGCCAACCGACCGGUCACCCGGGAAGGAUGGGAACAAAGAAAAUCGAUCCAAGGUGGCGGAAAUAACCACGACUCCAAGCAAGCGGAUCAGUCCGUACAAGUCCCGAAAGGAUCGAUACAUGCAACAUCAGAGUGGAAAGGCCUUGAACUCGGCGCCUGCUGUGAGUAACAGUAAGGGUCAGAGCUACAACGAUCCUAACAUGACCAUGUUCCCGUUCGAUCGUGAAGCGAUCGACUACGAUCGAAUCCAACGUGAAUGUUUCGCCGUCGAGGAAGAAUACCCUUAUGAACACGAACGCGACGAAUACUGCGAAUCGCCCUCCAAAGCCAUGAUGGACUCGGAGAUCUUCAGCGAUCAGUACUCGAUCUUCCAGCAGUACGCCUAUCUAACCCAACAGGAACGGGACGCACUGGACAGAACCUCGUCCAAACGAGGUAAAAAAGAUCGAAUCGAUGCAUUCUCGCCCAAGAAAAAACCUGCCACCAAUAAACCGGCCAUUUCGCCGCAGCGAUUGUCCAAGUUCGACCAGAUCGCUACCAAGUUCGACAUGAUGCCAUCCAAGUACGACAGCUCGUCGUCCAAAGGGCGUUCGAAGAUCAGCGGCGCGAGCAACGCUGGACUUCCGGACCUUCGGGUGGACUAUUUUGCGGAAACAUCUUGCUGCGGUGACGACGCGCUGCCAACUACGUCGUCGUCUUCGUCGUCGGCGUCCGAGGGAAAAACGCAUGCGUCGUCCAGUGGUGGUGGAUCAUCGGGACCAACGGCACCACGAUCAGUCGAAGUCGUUGGAGCAGGCGCACUGGGUGGCGGCCCCAUAAACGUUACACCCAACCCGAUGGACAGCCCAGUUUGUACGCAACCACGGGCGACAAUAGUCGUACAGCAACCGUCACUCAGCCUGGACUACUCGUCGGUGGAGACGAUCCUGCUCAAGAAUGAGGGUGACUUUAUCAGCGUCGAGCAGGGCAAGGACCAACAACAACAACAACAGCACCAGCAACAGUCAUCGUCAUCGUCGUCGAUGCGCAGGAAAAACCGCCAGCAACUGCAGCGCGAGCAACAGCAGCGGGACGAAAACAUGCGCCAACUGCUGGAUGUGACCAACACGCUGACCGCCGAGGAGAUCAAAGACUUCGAGAUGCGAUACGGAAGUCCUCACCACAGUCGGUCACAAUCGGUCAAAACGCCCGGCAGCCGAGCAUCGGGUCGUCCCAAUCAGCUCUGCUUGCCCCAGCAACGGUCCAGAGUGGCAUCCAUGCCCAACACUGGCGUCGAGGAGGAGUACUACCGGCUAAGGCAUUUUUCGAUAACAGGCAAGGGCGUAGUAAACCGGGGUGAUUCGUUGAAGAGUCGCCGCAGCAAAUCAAACAACAGUGUCGCCAGUUCCAAUUCCAGCACCGAGCACUUGACAGCCGUCGGUGCUGGUUCCGCCCGGACGUCAGCCACGUGCAGCCUAGCGUCCAGCAGGGAAAGCAGUACCUCCAACCCGGCUGCCGGUCCUUACAAAGUCCUAAUGCUGGGUGGAGCUGCCGUCGGAAAGAGCUCGUUAGUGUCACAGUUUAUGACGUCCGAGUACCUGCAUGCGUACGAUACCAGCAUAGACUUUGAGAAUCAGUGCGAAGUUGCGAUCCAUCUGCAGGCUCCGGAAGAAGAGGACGACGACUCCGGAGAGAAAACGGUAUCCGUUUUGCUCAGCGGUGAAGAAUCGGAACUAACAUUCAUCGACCAUAGCUACAUGGAGAUGUCGCCCGAGAACUGCAUGUCCUCGUACGACCCGCACGGAUACUGUGUCAUAUACUCGUCGGCCGAUCGCACCAGCUUCCAGAUUGCCGAGCAGGUCCUCCAGAUCCUGUGGACCACGGAAAACAUUGCCCAGAAAGCUGUGAUCUUGGUGGCGAACAAAGCCGACCUAGCCCGAAGUCGAAUGGUUACCUCCGAUGAGGGCAAACAGAUGGCAACGCAAUACGACUGUAAAUUUAUCGAAACCUCCGUCGGGAUCAAUCACAACGUGGAUGAACUGCUGGUGGGACUACUCUCGCAGAUUCGGUUGAAGCUGGAGAACCCGGAAAAGUCACGAGACCUCUUCCGGAAGCGAUCGAUCCGCAAGUCCAAACGACGUGCCUGCUCACCCCUGGGGGGAGCCAUCUGCCUCUCCGGAAUGGGUGGUGGGACCAAUCCGAGCACGCCCGUCACGGGAACCCCCGUGGCCGGGGGAGGAUUUGCGGAAACGCCCCCCGGCAGUGCCCACAGCAGUCCACGAAAGUACCGCGGCUCCCGAACCUCCGCCAGUCUGAAGGUGAAGGGACUGCUCGGUCGGGUGUGGGCCCGCGAUUCCAAAUCCAAGAGCUGUGAAAAUCUCCACGUUCUGUAAGCCGUUGUGAGAACGAGAGAAAGGGAGAUAGUUCCGUCGUGUCAUCCUAUUUGAAAAAACAGUACUACCAAUUAUGGGAUAAGAAGGUAGAACCAUAGCUGUAAAGUGUAGGUCUCUUAACCCGAAAAGGGUUCGAAGUUUACAGAAAACGACGUUUUACUACUUUUUAGCUUUAAGUGAAAAUAAUCAAAAGCCAAUCCUCAAAAGUCGAAUGCACAUUAAUUUCUAAGUAAUCGUGACACAAAUACUCUAAAAAUUGAGAAUCGGUCUCCUAAAUCUGACACAAAUUAGACACUAAGUUGCAAUAUUUUUGUAUGUAAAAACUGUGUAAAACACUCGAUGUGAGGUUCGAUGUUGGCAGUCAUAUGAUCAAGUGGUAUUAACGUGCAAACUCAAUUUAAAAUAAGUUCCGCGUACAAGUGAAAUUCAAUUGACUUUCGAACAGUUUUAUUCCUUUCUUCUGUAUUUGCUAUAAUUUACAACCCCUUUUUGUAUUCAUUCUUUUUGCAACUCCUUAUCAAUUCUAAUGCUAAGAAUUUAGUCCCCAAGAAACUAUUCAUGUGAAAAAAGCAUUUAAUUUGUAUCUACUAUCGACCUUUUCAUCUACCAUAUUCUUAGGCUCAAAUUAAGGGUCACAGUAUUCAGUAUUGAAAACUAUCCAAUUGAGAACACGGAUUUAAACAACAAAAAGUCAAAACAGUUUGUGACCUUCGAUUUGGUCUGAGAACCUCAUCGUCCAUUGAUGUACUGAAUAAAUGUCUUUAUUUUGACAAUCUUCAAA